CGGAAAGGAAGUUGAGAUGAGUUUCUCUUCGUCUUAUUCGUUUUCGUCAUCGUCCGCGUGGCCGUGGAAGUCCAUCGCGCAGUAUGCAGGUCUGGCAGCAGCUGUGGGUCUGGUCUUCUACCUCACGUCGGAGCGACGGCCUCGGCGGCGCACCCUGAAGCGCGAGGAGCUGGUCAACAUCCUGUUGGACCUGUCCAAGGACAUGUAUGUGGUCUUCACCGACCUGGCGCAGGUGUCGCAGAGCAUCCACCGCCAGCUGGUGUCCAAGGGGCUUGACAAGCAGCUGGACAGCGAGCAGCUCGAGGGCAUGCUGAUGAUGCAGGGCAUGCAGCAGAAGUUCAAGGACACCCAGCUGGCCGUCUUCGACCGCCACAAGGUCAGCGAGGGCGACGUGGAAACCGCCACCAAGAAGCACGAGGACGACCCCGAGGUGCAGAAGUACGUCAAGGGCCUCAAGGUCAUGUACAGCGAGGCCAUCAAGGGAGACCUUCCGAUGUUCCCCGGCCUCCAGCUGCCCGACACCCUCACCAAGGACAAGUACUUCGAGAUCCUCGAGGACAUCAACAACGAGAAGCUCAAGCGGUUCCGGCCCAUCCUGAGCGAGAUGAGGAGCGACAGCAGCAAGGCCACCAGCCCGGCGUCGCGGGAGGCCGGCGCCCUGCCGUCGAGCGAGCUGACGAUGAAGCUCAAGGACGCCAGCGAGGCCGUCGAGGCCGAGAUGAUUGUCAAGCACGCGGCCGUCCUGGGCGAGAAGAUGAUGUUCGCGGCCGCCAAUGCCGCCUUCUCCAAGGACGCCGACUUUCGCAAGCGGCGGUCGGAUGUCGACGCUGCCCACCAGGAGCGCAUUGUCAACCUUAUGAAGACUAUCAGUGCGGGGGGUGGUGGGGGCGGGACUGGCAGCAGCAGCAGUGCUGCCAAGGGAUGAGGAAUGGCUGGCUGCUGAUGGGGGUGUCUGUCUGUCGAGCCAAUCUAUCGCUUUGCUGCGGCUGUGUGUGUGUGUGCACAUUUCUCUCUCUUCUGUUCAUACGUGCCCACAGGGGAGGGAGGAAGGGCUAUGGGAGCUGUCGUUACGACCUUGUUUAAGCGAGCCUUGUUGUAGAGUUUCUACUGUGACGUACAUGGAUGGUAUGUGAGUGCCUGGCCCGUCAGCGGGCCGGCGCGGGAGCCAACAAUGAUCAUUCACUCAUUCCCUGUUGCAGUCCUGCACUUGGAUGCUUUACAUCCACCCUCAGACAGUGACUUUCUCCCCACACAUGACAUGAGAUGACAUGACGUGAUGUGUGUGUGGGUGAACGGCUGGGUGGGAUGGGACGGACCAUUGCGUACACAGCACACGAACCAUUCCCACCCCCCCGGUUUGUGUUCUGCAAUCAAGAAGCUACGC